AGACAUCUGUUGGAAAUGUUGUGAGUUAACAUGACAUGUCGUCCAUGUUUUUUUUUUUAAUAAUAAUAAAAUUUUUGUAAUUUGAAAUGUGUGAAUGUCAAAAUUCUUGUUUAUAUAUUAAAAAAUGAAAAUUGGAAAAAUACCAAGAUGGUACCAGGAUUUGUCGAUUCAUCAGAUGGAAUUAAUAACUUCAUUGAAAAAUGUCAUAAAAGCUGACUAUGAAGAAAAUGUUACUGGAAAAAGUAAAAGAUUAUUAAUGGAUAUUGGAAUAACAUCAACAUUUGUUAAAAUAUCAUCAAAAGAAAUUAGAAAAUUACAAAUUAAAAGUAGUCUUGAUCCAGUUAAAUAUCUUUGUGAAAUUUAUAAAUUUAUAACAGGAUCAUAUUUUCAAGAUGAACCAUAUAGGAAAAAUUAUAGCUGUAAUGAGAGAAUUAUUUUGACAAGUAUAGCAUUUUUAAAGCUACCAGAAAUACUUUUAGAACUUCAUCGAAGAUUGCCAAUGGGAAAAAUCCAAGAAUAUCCAAAAAAACCAUUACCUCCAAAAUUUAUAACACGAGUAAAAAAAACUGGAUCACCAUAUUUAGAUUCAACUUUUAGUGAGCCACCUGAUUGGGGAUUAUAUAAAAGUAAUUUACGAAAAUGGUAUGAAUUAAGAAAAUCACAAAUUCAACCACAAAUUAUAUUACCUCAAUGUUUAAAAAUUGAAAAUGAUUAUUCAAUAAUUGAAGAAAAUCAUUCAACACCAACAUCAUCAUCAUUUGUCACAGAAACAACUAAGCAGAGUCAGCAAGAAAUUACAAAGACUGAUGAUUAUACUUUGGAUGAAAUUAAAUCAAAAAGUAUUACAAAUACUGAUGAUUAUAUUUAUGAUGAAAUAAAAUCACAAAGUAUUACAAACACUGAUGAUUAUAUUUAUGAUGAAAUAAAAGAAAAAAGUAUUGGAGAAAUAAGCAAGACAACUGGUGCACCAUCAUCAUUAACAACAUUAGUAUCAAAAAUUGAUGAAGAAAAUUUAAUAGAUAAUAAAAUUAAUGAAGAAAAAAAUGAUAAAAUUGUUUUAAAAAAAUUAAAAAAACAAAAAGUUAUUAAAAAUAAUAAUGAUAAUUACAUAAACGAAAAGUCAAUUGAUAAAAUUUAUAAAAAAAAGAAAAAAGAUCAACAAAAUAACAAUGAAAAUAUCAAUGGAAAUUUAAAGAAAAAAAAACAACAAAAUAAAAAAAUUAUUAAAGAAAAUUUAAAAAAUGAAAUACCAGUUAAAAAUUCAUUAGAAAAAUAUGAUUAUUUGUACAAUAGAUUAUCACGAUUAGAUAAUUAUGAAAAAAAAAUAUUUCCACCUGGAAAAGAAAAUCUUUCCCUAAAAUGGCAAGAAUGGUUUGUCAAUGUCGAAACAGAAUUUUACUAUCUCGAGAAAGUAGCUAAUAAAAUGAUAGAUAACGUUCGUGAAAUAACACAAAAAAUAUUUCCAGUUGAUGUAUGUGAUGGAUGUUGUGCUUGUAGACAACAAAUAAAAUAUAAAAAAAGUUAUCGUGAAUCUAAAAUUCCAAAUAUUGUUAUUGACAAUAUAACAACUGGCGAAACUGGAAAAAGAUAUAUUGUUAGUUCAUUAGUAUUAAAUUCACCACCAGAAAGUUUAUCUGGUUCAUCACUAAACGAGCCAUUUGUUGUUCCCUCUGAGGAUAAACUAGUCAAUAAAUCAAUAAUUAAUUCUGUAAUCAUGCAAAAUGAUAAGAUCAAGUAUCAAAUGUCAGGAAUUACCAAACAAAUGCAACAUAUACCCAGAAGAUUAAUUCCAAAAGUACCAAUAGUUAAAAAUAUUCCUCCAUGUGAAUGCAGAAAUGAAGAUAGAUCAUUAGAAUUUUAUGAAAAUCAAAAAUUAACUUGUGUUGAUGAAGAUGAUGGUGUUUGUAUAGGUAAAAACUCCACAAAAACAACAACAACUUGUCGUGAAUGUACUGAUAAAUUUAAAAAUAAUGAGAUAUUUAUAAAAUUCGAAAAAAUAUGCAGACAAAAUGAUAAAAAAUAUGAAGAAGAAAUGGAAAGAAUUAAGUUAGCACGACAGCCAAAACUACCACCAGAAGAAAUCUCAAUAGUAAAUAAGCUUGAUGAAGAAAUUGUUAAAUGUAAAAAGUGUAUUGGUUGUGAUGAAGACAAGUGUAAGCCAAAUCCAUUUGACAAUUUGUUGAAUCAAAAAAAAUUAGAAAAUCAAGUAACUUUGAUUAAUGGAAAAAAAUAUCGUGAUAAUAUAAAAAUAUCUGUUGGUGGAUCAUUAAGAAAUGAUGAUGAUAAAAUGAAUUGUUUUAUUUUAUCAGGAAUAUCAUUACAAACACCCACUGAAGUUACACCAGAACCAAGUGAGCCUGAUGUUGAAUCAAUUAAAUCAAUGAGCAAGCAUCAUCAUUGGUCUGUAACAGAAUUUAUUCCAAAAUAUCAAAAAGAAUUUGAAGAUGAUUAUGUACCAGAUGAAAUUAUAAAUGAUGAUACAAUUAAAACAAUUAAUAAUGAAAAAUCAAAAUCAGACAUUGCUUCAUUAAAUAAUAAAGAAAUCCAUGAAUAUUCAAAAAAAAUUAAAAUUAAAAAAAAACAUGAAACAAAAAAACAUGAUGAUAUUAUACAUAAUAAAGAAAAAAAAAAGAAUAAUCAUAAACAUAAAAAAAAAAUAGAUAAAGAUUUAAAAAAAAUGUCUAUUAAUAAAGAAGAAAAAAAAUCAAGUUUAAAUUCAUUAAUAAAUGAUGAAAUAAUAAUUAAAAAAAAUGAUUUUAAAGAAAAAGAAAAUGUUUUAAAUGAAAAUAUUAAUGAAGAAAUAAAAAAGAAUGAAGUUAAAGAAAAAGUAAAUUUUUUAGAUAAUGAUAAUAAUGAAGAAAUAACAAAGAACGAAUUUAGUGAAAAUGAAAUUUUUUUAAAUGAUAAUAUAAACAAAAAAAUUAAAGAAAAAGUAAAUUUUUUGGAUGAUAAUAUUAAUGAAGAAAUAAAAAAGAAUAAAUUUAGUGAAAAAGAAAUAAUUUUAAAUGAUAAUAUGAAUGAAGAAAUUAAAAAAAAUAGUACAAUGGAAAGUUUAAAAAUAAAUUCAAUUAAUAAAAUAGAUGGUAGUAAUUUAUUUAAAGAAAAUAAUAAUGAUGAUGUUGGUGAUGGAAAUUUAUCAACAAUGAUGAAGAUUGCAUUAGAUGAAAUGGCAGAAGAAGGAUGUCUAUUUGCCAAACUACCAGCAUGUCACGAAAUUCCACCACUCAAAAUUUGGAUAAUGUAUAGAAAGGGUUUCAAAACAUCUGACAAAAAAAAUAAUGAAUAUUUGGAAAACAUGGAAAAGUUAUUUGAUUCUUCUGAUAAAGAUUCAUCAAAUAAAUUAGAAGCACCGCAACUUCACUUAUCAGAUGAUAAAAAAAAGCAACUUAAUCACAAAACACUGAGUAAAUUAACUAAAAAGAUUGAAAUGCAAAAAAUUAAAUUCUUCAGUGAUACAAGAAAGCAUAGAGUUGAUGAGUCAAGAAAAAUGUGGAAUUUAUUGGAACAAGGACAAGUACCAUGUGCUACUGAUAAAUUUAAAAAAAUUUUUUUUACCUAUCAACCAAGCAAAGAGUCUGAAGGAUUUAUUCUUAAACCAUAUGGUCUUGAGUCUGAAUAAUAAUAGCUAUAUUUGUAAUUUGUAUAUUUAUUUAAAAUUUUACAGACAUCAUCUAGACACAUAAAACCCAGAGUAAAAAAAA